AUGGGUUUAAUCAGCAGUAUCUUGGGCAUUCUUGGUUUCUCCAUUGGAAUUCCUCUCGGUCUCUUGGUGGGAUUUUUCCUCUUCGUUUACUCCGAACCCAAAGAAGUGGAGGAAACAGAGGUCGUUCCAAUUAGCGAUUUAGGCCCAAAUGCUUUGCAAGAACUUCUCUCCGAAAUUCCUUUGUGGAUGAAGAGCCCCGAUUAUGAACGAGUGGACUGGAUGAACAAAUUUUUAUUAUAUAUGUGGCCUUCACUUGAUAAGGCAAUAUGUCGUAUGAUUGAAAGCAUGGCUAAGCCAAUAUUUGCAGAAUAUAUAGGGAAGUAUCAGAUUAAAAGCAUUGAAUUUGAGAAUUUAAGCCUUGGUACUCUUCCUCCUACCAUAUGCGGCAUUAAAGUCUUCGAGACAAAUGAAAAUGAAUUGAUUAUGGAACCAAUCAUCAAAUGGGCUGGCAAUCAGAAUGUAGUGGUGGCUUUGAAGUUGUUGUCUCCACGGAUCAAGGUUCAGGUGGUAGAGCUACAAGUAUUUGCAGCACCACGGAUAACUUUAAAACCUUUAGUGCCUACAUUUCCAUGUUUUGCAAACAUUGUCGUGUCAUUAUUGGAGAAGCCUCAUGUAGACUUCGGGAUGAAAAUAUCAGGAGGUGACAUCAUGUCAAUUCCUGGUCUUUACAGAUAUGUUCAGGAAACAAUCAAAAAACAAGUUGCAAACCUCUAUCUCUGGCCUCAAACUCUUGAGAUUCCUAUUCUUGAUGAAUCAUCGGUGGCAAUAAAGAAGCCUGUAGGGAUAUUACAUGUGAAUGUGAUUCGGGCAGUGAAGCUUUUGAAGAUGGAUUUAUUGGGGACUUCUGAUCCAUAUGUCAAACUCAGUCUUUCUGGGGACAAGCUUCCAGCAAAGAAAACCACCAUCAAAAGGAGGAAUUUGAAUCCCGAGUGGAACGAGAAGUUCAAGCUUGUUGUGAAGGACCCUGAAUCUCAGGUUCUCCAGUUGCAAGUCUUCGACUGGGAUAAGGUAGGCGGACAUGACAGGCUUGGGAUGCAGUUAAUCCCACUUAAGCUGUUGAAGCCUUGUGAGAGCAAGGAAUUCACACUUGAUUUACUCAAGGACACAAAUGUCUCGGAGCCUCCAAAUAAGAAGCCAAGAGGUCAAAUAGUGGUGGACCUUACUUUUGCUCCUUUCAGAGAAGAAAGUAGCAAAUUUGGUGGGCAUCUGGAAAAUGGGAGUGAUAGAGUAUCUGAUGAUGAUGUCCAAGGAGCGGGUUUGCUUUCUGUUCUGAUACAGGAGGCUGAGGAGGUUGAGGGUAAAAGCCACAACAAUCCAUACGCACUGGUUUUCUUUAGAGGUGAAAGGAAAAAGACAAAGAUGAUGAGGAAAACUCGUGACCCAAGGUGGAACGAAGAAUUUGAAUUUAUGCUAGAGGAGGCUCCUCUACAUGAGAAGAUACACAUUGAAGUAAUGAGUAGGAGGACCUUUUUCAGUUUUCUGUCCAAGGAAUCAUUGGGGCAUGUGGAGAUUAACCUGAAUGAUGUUGUGCACAAUGGUCGGAUUAAUGAUAAAUACAAUCUAAUUAAUUCAAGGAAUGGAGUGAUCCAUGUUGAGAUCAGAUGGAAGGUGAUUUAAAUUAACCCAGAAACAGACUCAUCAUAAUGUAAUUGCCUUAAGGUCUUCUAUAGCUUUAAAAGGUUUGUUUUUUCACAGAAUUAGUAGGGAGCAAGUUUCAGUUUGUUGAAUAUAAGAGGAAAAAAUGACAUGGUUUACUAUAUCAAAACUUUCCUUUUGUUUUCUUAGGCAUUUUAUAGUUUUUUAUUUCAUUUUAUUUUUUUAACAGUUGUAAAAAGACUGUUGCAACAAAAUAAAUUGUUCAUAAAUAGAAAGAAGUUGCUUGUAAUCUAA